UCUGCGCACGCGCGCCGGUGCGUCAUCGCGGUCUUACCUGAGGAGCACACCUGGAUCCAACGAGACGGAAGUCAGCGCCAAUCUUUCCGUGUGUCUCCCAGCGAGAAAAGUUUUUUUUUCUCCCCGGACCGAGAGACGUGAGGAGCGGCGGUCCGCGGCCGGAGCAGCAUGUCUGCCUCUGACUCCCCGGGACGGACUUAAAGGACUUUAACCUGCAGCCAGCGACACAUGCUGAAUCUCAGUCCGGAGUCGGCCGGCCCUCCUCUCCAGAAGAAUGACAGCUCUUCGCAGGCUGCUCCGAAGGCGGCUGCACCCGCUGAACCUGGUCGUCGUGGUCCUCAUCUUCGUCACCUUCCUGUUCUUCAUCCAAUGGGAAGUGGGGAGUCAGACCCAGCAGGAGGACCCUUGGCUCAAAGAGAUGGCGGUGAAGCGGGAUGCCAUGCUGGGUAUGGUCAUCGGAGCCGUCAAUAACUUCAGGGACGCCAUGCCAAAGCUGCAGAUCAGAGCUCCCAUACGUCAGCCGGAAAAGGCGGACGACGCGUCCUGCCCGUCGGGUCAUUACACCGCCGCUGAGCUCAGGCCGGCUCUGGAGCGGCCGCCCCAGAACCACCUUGCCCCCGGAGCGGCGGGGAAACCCUUCCACACGGACUCGCUGAGCCCAGAAGAGCAGAAGGAGAAGGAGCGGGGCGAAGAGAAACACUGCUUUAACUUGUACGCCAGUGACCGCAUCUCUCUGAGCAGAGACCUGGGUGCAGACACAAGACCGCCAGAAUGCAUUGAGCAGACCUACAGGCGAUGCCCCCCUCUGCCCACCACCAGCGUGAUAAUCGUGUUUCACAAUGAGGCCUGGAGCACUCUGCUGAGGACGGUGUACAGCGUCCUCCACACCUCCCCGGCCGUUCUCCUCAAGGAGAUCAUCCUGGUGGACGACGCCAGCACGGACGAUGUGCUGAAGGACGAGCUAGACGAGUAUCUGAAGCGGCUGAGCAUCGUCCGAGUCGUCCGCCAGCGUGAGAGGAAGGGACUCAUCACCGCCCGGCUGCUGGGCGCCUCCGUGGCCACCGGCGACACGCUCACCUUCCUGGACGCUCACUGUGAAUGCUUUAAUGGAUGGCUGGAGCCGCUGCUGGCCAGGAUCGCCCAGAACAGCACUGUAGUCGUCAGUCCCGACAUAACGACCAUCGACCUCAAUACGUUUGAGUUCAUGAAGCCGUCGCCGUACGGCCAGAAUCACAACCGCGGCAACUUUGACUGGGGCCUUUCGUUCGGCUGGGAGAGUCUGCCAGACCUCGAGAAGCGGAGGAGAAAGGAUGAAACGUAUCCUAUCAAGACUCCUACAUUUGCUGGCGGUCUCUUUGCCAUCUCGAAAGAAUAUUUCUAUCAUGUCGGAAGCUACGAUGAAGAAAUGGAAAUCUGGGGAGGAGAGAAUAUUGAGAUGUCCUUCAGAGUGUGGCAGUGCGGUGGACAGCUGGAGAUCAUCCCCUGCUCCAUCGUCGGCCAUGUUUUCCGGACGAAAAGCCCCCACACGUUUCCUAAGGGCACGCAAGUGAUCGCUCGCAACCAGGUGCGCCUGGCCGAGGUCUGGAUGGACGACUACAAGGAGAUCUUCUACCGCCGCAACCAGCAAGCUGCGCAGAUCGCAAAAGAUAGGUCUUUUGGAGACACCUCCAAACGCAUGGCGCUCCGCUCAAGGCUUCAGUGCAAAAGCUUCUCCUGGUAUCUGAACCACGUGUAUCCAGAAAUCUUCCUGCCUGAUCUCAACCCGCUCCACUUCGGCUCGGUGAAAAAUGUGGGCAAAGACUCAUGCCUGGACGCAGGAGAGAACAAUGAGGGCGGGAAAGAGUUGAUCAUGUACCCGUGCCACGGUCUCGGAGGAAACCAGUAUUUUGAAUACUCCACACAUCACGAGAUCAGGCACAACAUUCAGAAGGAGCUGUGUUUGCACGGGGCGGAAGGCGCCGUCAAGCUGGAGGAGUGCCAGUUUAAAGGCCGCAAUACGUUCGUAGGAACGGCACAAAAGUGGGAACUGAAAGACAACAAGUUAUUCUACAUGCCGGGGUGGAACAUGUGCCUGAGUGCUCGUCACGAGCAUCCCUCCCUGGUGUUCUGCAACCCUUCAGACAGAUACCAGCACUGGUCUUUCGUCUGAGAGAUUUUUGUAUGCUCAGACAUACUACCACACACAUGUAGUAUGCAGUUAUCCUGCAGUCCUUUUGUCUUGAGAUAAAUGAAUACACUGAGUUUUAAUUUAUUUUUAUACAUAGAAGAACUGAACUUCUGCUGCUGCUGGAAAGUUUGGAAGGAAGCUUGACGUUCCUGGACGAUUGAAGAUGUGCCAUGUCGAUAAGUUUCUCUUUUGUGUCAAAGAUGUUUUAACUUCCGCCAAGUCUUCACAACCAAAACUGCGCUGUUACUGGACAUGUGCAGGCAACACUGAAUACUCCCCAGUGGGACUUAUCAAGUGACAAGAAAAAGCUCGUUUUAAAACAUUUUAAAAGGGAACCCAAGGUGUCCAAACGGUUGCACGCCAAAGAAACGCAGUGAAGACUUGACAAAGAGGAUCAGCAUUUAACAUUUUAUUGCAAUGCCUCGGAAGCAGCUUUGGUUUCCUUGGAGAGGAAAUCGGAUGGGUGAUGGUGUAUUUGGCUCACUUCCAUUUCGUCCAAAAGUUCUUUUUUUUUUUUUUUUUUUUUCAAACUUUGAGUCUGUUUAUUUCAAAGAGAACUGAGUUGUGUUUUAUACCAGGAUUAAAUAUAAAUGCUCAUAGUUUGCAUUUUUAACAGUAAAGCAAAUUGAGGAUGAUUCACUCUAAUAACAUCCUAAACUGAACAAUGUUUUUAUUAUUUAAGUGUUUUUUUUUUUUUAAGGGACCUUCAAAGUUUCAAAGUGUUUUAACCCAAAAAUUCUUGUCUGUGAUCAAAUGCCAGAAACUGUCCAAGGAGGAGUGUCACAAAUGAAUUUCUGGUGCAGGCACUAGUAUUUAGUUUGCUGUGGAAACUUGUCAGAUAUUUUGGGGUUUUCGACUGGGUAGAAGCAGAUCGAACAUGUUCAUCUUGCUUCAAAAGGAGUUGGUCUUGUGUUGAAUGUCUGGGUGUAAAUUGAGCUCAAUAAAUCCAGCUGGGCAGUUCAGAGCAUAUCUGGUUGGUGUUUCCUCUCUCUGGCCUGCAGGGGGCGCUUGGCUCUCACAAAUUGAAUGUAUACACAUGAUCUCAAGUGAUUAGGAUCACAACAGAAAUUUCAAUAAAAUUUAUUUGAAAAUAAUAUUAAAGUGAAACAACUAAAAAUGAAAUUGGUUCUAUCUACAGUUCAAAACACGCCGAAAAAAACCGUACCAAUUUGUGCAAAACGUAUGCGUUUCACAGAAUAUGAAACAGAAUUAAAUAAAUCAGGCACAUGAAGCUUUACAACUCACAACCAGCAUGAAAC